CACACAUGCACUUUCACAACACACACACACUCGCACAGAGCUCCUUGCAGAGUCCCUGAUGGUGAGAGAACGACACAUGCUGCAUGAGACGAACUGGGAUAGCAACAUUUCUCCAAACUGAAGGAGACGGAGAUGGACCCACAAUCCUUUGCUCCCAAACACUGAAGACAGACAAGAACCAGAGAAAAAGCAGAGCAGAGAUAAAGAGGAAAGAAGAAACAAAGAUUUCUCUGUCACAUGAUUUGUGGAGCUUUAACAUGGGAUGAGCUCCUGACGUCAGUGACUUACGGAACUUCCUGUUUAUGGCCAGCUGUGCCCCAGUGUAUCCUGACUGAGAUCCUGGCCUCUGAGCUCUGACCCCCUAACCCUGGAGGGGCAGGGGGGGUCGACGGAGAGAAAAUGCGGUGUACCACCCUUGUGGCCCUGCUGGCGGGGGUCGUGCUGUACCUGGUGAUGGGAGCGCUUGUUUUCAGCACCCUGGAGCUUCCGGAGGAGAGUUCGGCGUACGAUAAACUGAUCGCUACCAGGAACACCUUCCUCGAUAACAACACCUGCGUCACCGAGCUGGAGUUCCAGAAGCUUUUGAAGGGAGUGGUGUCUGCGGUGGAGGCAGGCCUGGAUGUGAACAACCAUAAUGCCAACUUUACCACGCGCUGGGACCUGGCCUCCGCCAUCUUCUUCUGUGGUACCAUCAUCACCACCAUAGGUUUUGGGAACCUGUCUCCUCGGACAUGGUACGGCCAGUUGUUCUGUGUGUGCUAUGCCCUGGUUGGAAUCCCCAUGUUUGGCAUACUGCUGGCUGGAGUGGGUGACCACAUGGGCACGGUGCUGCGGAGAGCUGUGGCCAAUAUUGAGACCCUCUUCCUGGUGAGAAUGAAGCGUAAGGUCAGGCCGACCACUGUGCGUGUGAUCUCAGCGGUUCUCUCCAUCCUGAUUGGUUGUCUGAUCUUCCUCGCUGUGCCGACAGUCGUGUUUCAGAAAGUGGAGGACUGGUCCUUUCUGGAGUCGCUCUACUUUGUGGUCAUCACUCUGACCACUGUUGGCUUCGGAGACUAUGUACCAGGCGGUCGUGAUGGCAGCAACUGGUUCUUCAAGCCUCUGGUGUGGUUGUGGAUAGUGUUUGGUCUCGCCUACUUUGCCUCAAUCCUCACCAUGAUAGGCAACUGGCUGAGGGUGCUGUCUAAGAGGACCCGCGCUGAGAUGGAGGAGCUGAGGGCCCACGCCACAGACUGGACCCAGAACAUCCAGAACAUGUCCAUGGACUUCCGCAUCCCAAACCCUCUGGAGUUCAACGACCCUUUCCUCCUGCAGCGCCGGCGCUGGAAACGCAGUGAGCGUCGCCGCAUCCGUCGUGGAGCCCAGGGCACUCUGGGAUACUUGGUUCGAGGAGGAUCUGAGAAUGGACACCUGCCAAACCGCUGGGCCGGCCUCUCCAGCUCCAUGAGCCAACUGGAGACCCAUUCGUCUCUUGAGAGGGCGGCGGUGGUGAAGGUCAUGCCACUGGUCAGUGCUGCUGGAGUUGGAACAGUCCCAAGAGCAGGGCCUGCAUUGAGGGUUGACCCCGCUGUCGGUCUGCAGGCAGACGCCAGGUCGUUUCCUCACCUGCUGGGCCGCUCAUUCUCCCUCCCUGUGGCCCACUCCAACUUGGAGCUGAACUCAGCAGGUGCAGCCAUGCAUGAAGGAUCCCCCUCUGGAUCCGAGUCUCCUUUUGACUCCAGAUCAGAUAUGUCCUCAGUCUCCUCGUCCUUCAUGGCGCUCCACAAUUACCAGCCCUGCCGUACAGUUGGCAGCAUGGAGGAGGGAAGAGCGAGGGCCGCAGACAUGAACACAGCACAAGAAAAAGACAAACUGAUUCUAGCAGAAAAAUGUAUUUCUGUAGACAAAAGCCAUGGAUUGGCACCUGCUCCUGGUUUGCAUGCCCGCUUCCACCGUCCUCCCCCUUCCUGCCCUCUUCCUCGCCACUCAAUCGUCCUUCCCUCCCCUCCCCUCCACGCUGCCUCCUCACCCAGCUGCCAACUGCUGGAUUUCUUCGGAGAGAACCUGGCGUACAUCGACGAGUCCUCAGACACUCUGAGCGACCGGGCCCAACCAGGAGCAAACGAGGAGAGGAAGAGGCGGCCCCGAAAGCCAAAGAGGAGGAGCAUGAGGAGGCAGCUGCCACACAGGUGGAGCCCCCUGCAGGUGAGAAGGCUCAGCAGUGAUAUGCAGCCACCAUCGAAUCCCCCCACACCACCUCCUGAAUCCUCUGUUUCAGAUGGACCCCAAGAAAACCGGGCAGGUUCGACUCCAACACUCUGACAGCACCCACACUCAGAACAUGGUGCCAAAGUCAAGAUGUGACAUAAAGCUGCAGGUUUAUAACAGACGUCACACUCCAACUACUUAGAACAUACAGAACGUACCACAUGCACAUUUCACCAUGAUGGAUAUCGCUAAUCAUCCAGGAUAUUUUUAGUAUUUAAGGUUAGCCUCACAAAGUCAGCCCACAAGUUUUGCUUUGUUACUUUGUGACUUGACAAAGCUACAUGGACAUUUGUUCGGGACAGGAAAUCCUUCAUGAGGGCUAUAAUACGUACAUGAUUGACCACUGCUUCCUUCAGACAAGAGGACGAAGAGACAUGAACCUAAUGUAUGUCUGAAUAACUGCAUGAUUCACUGGGCUGUCACUGGUUUUUGCUUCUGAUUCUCAAACAGUAAACACGACAAAGGCCUAAUCCCAUUUCAUAGUUUAACCCCUGCCCCUUGUUUUUGAGUGCCACCUUGCCCCUUGAAACAGAGCUGUGAGGGAAAGUGGUUAAAACUUAGUGAAAAGGGACAACCCUUCAACAACCUGAUAAGUCACUAAGAGUCAUCCAUGUUUGUGUUUUGGUAAACAGACAUGAAACGAGUGUUGCUUUCUCUUGCAUGGGCUACAGGCAUCCUUCUGCAGUUGUGAGGAUGCUCACAAUUUGUUCAAGUUUUACGCUAUCAGUCGAUCAAACAAGUCAUCAAAUAACAAAGAACACCACCUCAUUACCGGGCCUCUAGCAGUGCUCUGUAGGCUAACGUUAGCAACCCAUGCUCCCAUCCAGCCAGUCUGCACUAAUAGAGGAGGAGAAACAGGUGCAGCAAUUUUACUGUUGGACUCAGUAACUAUCUCCAGUUACCAAAGAGUAUCAGUGUAAGUUCUUGACAGUUACUAUCAGGUGGUAGUCAUCCAAAAUUCAUAGAACCUUAGUCACAUCUGUAACUCUCUUGGUUUGUUGUGUUUCUCAUCUUGGCUGGCACCAACUGAUGGCAUAUUUUGCAGACUGUCUUAAGCCACGCUUUGUCGCUGCUGAAUUCUAUAUUAUUGAUGUGGUGUUAGUGUUUUGUCAACAAUUUCUUCAACUUUGGGGGAUGACGCGAGUUCGCUUUCAGCAGUGAAGCUUAACAAGCUCCGUGGCAAUGUAAAACUAACUGGGUGUGGAUUAAAGGUCCAGUGUGUGGGAUUUAGGGGGAUAUAUUGGCAGACAUGGAAUACAAUAUUCAUAACUGGUUUCUUUAGUGUUUAAAAGUCACCUAAAAAUAAUAAUCACUUUGUUUUGUUACCCCAGAAGGAGACGUUACAUAGGGAGUGUGUCUUUGUCUAUGGAAUAUGAAAUGUUGCAUUCGUGUUUUUGCGUUUUCGCACCAUAAUUAGCAACCCCUCCAUGACAGACACUUGGAAAAACGCUGAUUUUUUAAAUGUGAAGCUGCUUUGUUCAGUGUUUUUAGCAGUUUAAAUCACCUGGUCCAUUUUUUUUGGAGAGGAGGAGACCUCUGCGGAUAAUUCAGCUACCAGUAAAAACCUCCUGAACAAUAAACACUAAAGGAAUUCUAAGCUAGAGAAGUUUCAGCUGGUUGCAAUCUGCAGCCCUCACAGCUAAAUGCCACUAAAUCCCCCAAAAUCUUGCAGACUGGACGUUUUAAAGGAAGCAGCAAAUUACUGCUCUCCAUGUAGUGAGAGUGGAGCAUAGCCCCUCCUUCCUGCAAACAGACAGCGACACUGAGUGUAGAGGCAGAGGAGAGAGACUGUCAGAACUUUUCAUAUCAUGGAAAAAUUCCAAAGUACAUGAUCGCUAUCGUCAGCAGUUUUAUUGCAAUCACCUAUUGACAUUUGUGUCCUGUGUUGUUGGUAGUAGCUAUGCUCUGAGAAAAAUGGAAAUUGAUCCGGUUGUCUUCACAGUGCCAACAGCAAUACCACUGUGAAACGCUAGAGGGAGGGUUGAUAAGUUGUCUGUUUCCACUUGAAAGAGAGGGAUAACAAGGCCUUUCAAAUGAGGGAAUUAUCCUUCCUUUUAAAAAUCAACCACACCUGGUGCGUCAACAGUUGGUCACAAGUUUCACUGGUUUUAAGAGGCUUUAAGUCUCAUCAUUAUCCAGACAUCAUUACACAUAAUUAUCUACUUUGUUGAUCUGUGUUUCAGCCGCUGAGCUCAAUCAAUUCUCAGCAGGCGUUUUCAACAUUAACUCUAAGAUUUAAGUUGGCUUUGUGAGGCGAACUGUUGGCAACUGACUAAUAGCUUUAAAUUCAGUGCAGGGCUUUAUAGCGUAGGUGGGCCACCUCGCUUGAAACCAGUUAGAAAAUAUAUCACUCUUUUACGAAAUACAACAUCAAAAGGGAAAAAGACCAGAGAAUGAGAGCAGUUUUUUUUUUUUACACAGCAAAUGACACUUAUUUUAAAAAGUGUGACUUGUUUAGGACGUCUUCUACAAACAAAAUUGAUCACAAGGAACAAUGUACCAGGAUCUGGGUGGCUUACCACCUCGGCUAAAAAAAAUCCCCGGAGGGAAAAACCCUGUAGUGGGUGGAAAAACCACAACAACAGCACUUUAUCAUCGCAGCACCGAAGGGUCAUCAUUCACCCUCAGACCACUGAGUGACGCUGUCAUACAAGCAAACCAUCAUCAAGAUUUGAACUGUUUGAGGGAUGAAGCCGGAGGUAUACACUGCUGCUGAAUGUUUUUAAGGGUUAAAAAGGGUAAAAGUCUGAAGUUACUGUCCACUGCUGUGUGUUUAAUCUUUCUGUGCUCACCUUGGAUAUAAAUGUACAGACUGCUGUUAAGCAACACCAACGUUACUUUUAGGAAUAUGGUGUUUACCAGCUAUAUGAUCAAGUGUCCUUAAAUCACUUGUGGUUCUGCUUGUGACCACUUUUCCCCUGGGGUGAAACUGUUUGUUAGCAUUAUUUUUAAAGACCCCUCUGCAUCAUAAAUAACUGUGCAGGUUUGUCAACUUGUGUCUUCACCUUUCCAGUACUGUAGCAUCUGUCCUCAGUUGAACCCUGUUAGAUGCCUCAUAAUGUCAUAAAGUGACACAUUAAAGUGAUGACUACCAGACUUCUCGUAACACACACUGCUGUCUGACAUUAACCUAACAAGGCUCGCCUGUGCAGAUGCCUUUGAUGUUGUUGGGUUUUUUUAAUAUCACUGUGAUGGCUUUCAGUAGCAUGUCAAGAAACAAUGUGCCAACAAAGGCAGCGAAAGAGAAGACUGUAAACUAGUAAACAUGGACCAGAAAACUUAUGUAUUCAACAUGUUUGUGAGAUCAAGGCUGAAAAAUGAAGCCAACAUGGAAGUUCAAGAAACUGCAGUUCCUCUAAUGGCCAUUUGAGGCUGGCUCCAGAUGCCAGUCUAUCCUCCUCGACCCCCAUGUUAAAAAACUUAACAGCAGAAAUAAACAUGUUUACAGCUUGGUACAAAAAAAUGUUUGGUUUCUAUAGCUAAUUUCUUCAUGCAUGACAACUGUAUGGGGAGUGAUUUUUUUAACUCACCCAUUCACAUUCAUUAAGGUUAUGUCAUUAGAGCUGAGAAUGUGUUUCUGGUUUACCAUACUUCCUUUAUAUCAUAUAAAAAAAUGAAUGCCAUGUGUAGACGAGUGGCGCAUUGGCUGGGAAACAUCACGUUUAUUCACUUUACAUGGAGCUACAGUUCAUACUUAAUUAUGUUAAAUGUUUGCCGAAUGUGUUAGUAUCUCUUAAUAAGUCAUCAGAAAUCAUACAUCAUCUUUAGAAGGAGCAGAUAUUUACCAUAAACUAGCUUGGGACAUGUUGAAGUUAACAGUAUUCUAACGGAGCAAGGCAAGCUAAUUGCUAGCGUGCUAGGUUGAAAAGCAAAAAAACAACAAAGCUUUGAGAUGGCUGUCAGAGAUGGCAGAAGUGUGAUCACAUAAUCCUGUCUGAGCUAUAACAGGUGAUGUGUUACACGUUUUAUUUCCCAAUUGCUCUUGCAAAGAAGAAUAGAAUACUGUAAACAAACUGUUACCAUUGGAAAUCGCCGGUUUCUGUUCAACGCCGGAAGUCGCACCCAUAAUCCAUGCAAGGUAUCAUAGGGACUAGGAAUAAGGUGGAUAAAACAGAUGUUUUGAGCGUACUGCUUACGUACUAUUUUCCCCCCAAAAUGAAUUAAAAAAAAAAGAAACAGUGGCUCUAUUAGAAGGUGGGAAAAAUCUAAAAAAAAAAAUGUGAUGGACAAAUCCAGAAAGAUCUUUCAAAAGAAGGAAACAAAAAAUCUCUUAAAAUAUUUUGGUUUCUGUUUGUCAUGUCUGAUUGGCGGUUCUAUCCUUAAGUUGGCAGAGUAUUAAUUCCAAAUAGUAUACGAAGGUUAAGUUCGUCACAAUUUCUUCCUUAUUAAUCGUAAAAACAUUAUGGUAAAAACGAUAACUAUAUACUACACACUGAAUACUACUGAAGCCGAAAACGGACAUGUUUGCAGCUUUUAUUUAAUGCUGUUAUUUUUAGAUCACAAAUUAUUCAUUUUCUUUUGUUUCGUCUCGAUCUCAUUCAUUCAUCCAUCUUCUAACCGCUUAUCCUCUUGAGGGUCGCGGGGGGGCUGGAGCCUGGACAGGUCGCCAGACUAUCGCAGGGCUGACACAUAGAGACAGACAACCAUUCACGCUCACAUUCACACCUAUGGGCAAUUUAGAGUCACCAAUUAACCUAGUCCCCAGUGUGCAUGUCUUUGGACUGUGGGAGGAAGCCGGAGUGCCCGGAGAGCACCCAUGCUGACACGGGGAGAACAUGCAAACUCCGCACAGAAGGGCUCCCACACCCGGGAUUGAACCGGCAACCCUCUUGCUGUGAGGCGAGAGUGCUAACCACCACACCACCGUGCCGCCCCGCCUCGAUCUCAAGAUAUCAAAACUUGUUUUCUCAUGUUUAUGGGUUAAUUCAUGUUGAUCCUCUUAAAACAAAAGGCUGUUUAAUGAGAUAAGAUCAUAAAUCACAAGAAAACACCUUUAGUUUUCCCGUGAUCACAGGAUAAUUUUGGAGAACUCAAAAAUGAGCAUCAGGCUCAGCUGAUCACACCUGAUUUCAGCCCUCAUGACUGUUGGAAGGAUUCAUAACUGAACUGUUAGACAUGAAUGUGUUCAUCAUUAGUGGGGGUACCUUGAUCUGACACUUUCACCUUAAAUCAGUUGCUGAAACUGUCAUGUCGGCACAACACUCCUGAUGUCUGAUAAACAUUAUCAGCAAUAGGAGGACAUGAGCUAUAAUUUUCUUGUGAUAACAGAUUAUCUUGAGUUAAUUGUCUUGUUUAAUUCGAGAUCACAAGAUGAUCUCGAAAUAACCAUUAAAAAUAAUUAUUAUAAGCACAGCUGCUCUCAGCUCCUACAGAAUACAAUUAGUAAACAGUGUAAACUUGGGACACAGUUUACGUGCACUGCAGAGCAGGAGAUGUGACCUGAAACCAGAACCCUGUAAGUCCUGAAUGAACUCGGCUCUCAGUGAAUGUGGGAUAAACAUUAAGUUCCUGCUUACUCAGAACCAGGAACUACUACAAGAGGCCAUCGUGGCACUCUGCCCUCCACCAGGGCCAAAAUAAGUAACUGACUGAAUCCACACUUAAACUCAGGCUCCCACAUAUUUUGUCAUUUGUUGACAGAGGGCUGGAAUGAGAGAGAUAUUCGCAUGGCAACGUGCUGUUGUGCUGCUGACCACGAACGACCCUUCAGCAAUAUUGUGUAUAAGUCUGACUUGUGACCUACGAAGGAUGUUUUUACUCUGUUUCCUUUAGCUCUUCUUUAUAUGCAAUAAAAAAGAAGGUGGGCAUUUAAAUUGUGGUUCGCUGAUGACUCAAGACUUCAUCAGGUUCAGACUAAAUAUGAGGCUGUAAACUCUAAAAUUACAUUUAAGAUUUAUGUCUCACACUGCCUGUUUGUAACCCGCUCAAAUUUAUGGCCCAUUUGCGGCACAUUUAUCUCCAAAAACAGAAAAAAAACAGGCAACUGAACUUUUUAACUUUUGCAAUAUUUAGAGUGAGAUUUGCAAAUGUUUGCACAUCUAUUUACUCAAGUAAAUAGAUAUAAAGUACCACUACAUGCCUGUCUAAUAAUACCUUACUAAAUGCUGUUUUUAAAUACAUUCAAACAUUUGCUUUAUUGUGUCUCUGAGGAAAACGGAAAGCAAUCAGGUUGUCAACAAUAAUGCAGGGGGUCUACAGUGGUGGAAAUUAAAUAAGUACUUUAACUCAAAUAUGAUAAUUAAAACACAAGUACAUUAAAACUGUACUUGAAUAUUUCCAAUUUAAGCUACUUCAUAUUUCUACUCUGCUACAUUUCAGUGAAAUGUUGUACUUUUAACUCCGCUACAUUUACCUAACAGCGUUAGUUACAUUUCAGAU